AUGGCCGACGCAGAGCUGGAGGAGAUCAGGCGAGCUCGCCUUGCGCAGCUCCAGCAACAGCAGGGUGGUGGUGCUGGCCCGCGCGGAGGCCCUGCCCAGGGCGGGGGCCAAGAAGAACAGAGACAAGCUGAAUCGGAACGUCGCGCCGCCAUCAUGAACCAGAUCCUUGACCCCGCCGCCGCGGAUCGCCUGGGUCGCAUCCGCCUCGUCAAGGAGCAGCGCGCCACCGACAUUGAGAACCGGCUAAUCACGCUGGCCCAAACCGGCCAACUGCGAUCGAAAGUGACAGAAGAGCAGCUCAAGGAGCUCCUGAACGCCGUCGCUGAGAACCAGCGCAAGGAGGAAGAAGAGCAGAAGAUCGUGAUCAGCCGGCGCAAAGGCGGCUGGGACGACGAUGACGACCUGCUCGACCUGUGA